CAUUUAAAUGCACUUCAAACGAUUUUUUAUGAAAAGGGGCCGAAACGGUCAAAUAAAUAAAAAAAUUGGUGACUGCAGCUGUGCCAUAGCUGUGCUCUGCUGUCUUUGAUAGUUUGUUGUGGUUGUAAAUUUGCACGAUGAUUAGCGUGUAAAAUAAUUAUUUUCUAAGUGUUAUGUUUUAAUGGUGAUUGUAAAUAAUAAUAUCGAAAAUUUCAUUGAUAAAACCACUAAAAUGAAAGACCAGCGCUCUGAUUUAUGUUCGAGAUACAUUAAAAUAUUUAUCGUGGUUUCUUGUUACUGGAUUGUAUCAAUAGCCACAGUUUUUGUAAACAAAACAUUACUGAGUAGUCAAGUGGUGGCCUUAGAAGCACCACUCUUCAUAACAUGGUUCCAAUGUGUGGUCUCCUUCACUAUAUGCAGUUUGCUGAGCAAGUCUGGUGGGAUACCAAGAGUAUUUGCAUUCCCUAAAGGGUCACCAUGGAAUGUUGAAGUAAUGAGAAAGGUGAUACCACUAUCAAUAAUGUUUACUCUAAUGAUAGCAACAAACAAUCUAUGUUUGAAGUAUGUUGGUGUUCCCUUCUACUACGUCGGACGAUCGCUGACUACAGUCUUCAAUGUUGUAUUCAGUUGGGUGCUGCUUGGACAAAAGACAUCUUACCGAUGCGUUUUAUGUUGCGGAUUUAUCAUAUUCGGAUUUUAUCUUGGAGUUGACCAAGAAAGUUUACUAGGCUCGUUCUCUCUAACAGGCACAAUAUAUGGCGUCAUAGGUUCGCUAAUGUUAUCACUAUACUCAAUCUACACGAAAAAGGUUUUACCCAGCGUCAACCAGGAAGUUUGGUUGCUAUCCUAUUAUAAUAAUGCCUACUCAGUAUUAUUGUUCCUGCCAUUAAUAAUAACGAAUGGAGAGUUGUCUGCCUUGUGGAAUUAUAGUAACUUUGAUAGCUCAUACUUUUGGAUGCAGAUGAUAAUUGGUGGUAUUUGUGGAUUUGCUAUUGGAUAUUUUACCUCCUUACAGAUAAAGGUGACCUCACCAUUAACGCACAAUAUCUCAGGAACAGCCAAAGCUUGUGCCCAAACGGUCAUAGCGACCCAAUGGUACAAUGAAAGCAAGAACGUGCUAUGGUGGGCGUCAAAUCUUAUAGUUCUGGCCAGCAGUGGAUUAUACGCGAGGUUCAAACAGAUAGAAAUGGAGGAGAGCUCUCGGAGAACAAUUUCUGAAGAGAAACGAAGCUUAGUCAAUGGAGACGAUUCCGAAAACCCAGAAGUGUGACCCCCGUAGUAUGCAUGUCAUUGAAGUAUAUCGAUUUUAAGCGCACCGUACGUAUGUACACUUGUAAGUUUUAUGUUGUGAAAGUACAGUUGUAUUUGUUUUUUUUUUAUGUUGUGUAUUGUAGCAUCCGCAAUUGGAUAUGAGCCCUUUAGCCUAGUUACAUGUAAUUCAUCGAUUAAGACGACCUUAUUAUCUACAUUCUAAACAGUAAGCAAUCAAAAAAAUGCAAAGACAUUACUACAGGUUAUUUUGCUAAGUCGAGAUUUUAAACUAUCAAAUAGUUAAUUCAAAUAAUUGAGUAAAAACAUGUAGAAAUGUCAAUUGAAUAUGAAGGCUUUGUAUUGAUAUUUAUAUUAGACUUGCGAAAAAGCGUGG